AUGGCAGUGCCGCCGAAACGCGCUCGCCGCGGCGGCGGAUCCACGCUGCGGCACGCGCUUAAUCCUCUCGCGUUCCACGGUGCUACCGGCAGUGGCAGUGGCGGUGGCAUGACCACGGCUGUCGCGGCAGUCGCGCUCGUUGUCGCUGCUCUGGCUUCCAUGGCUUCCGUGUCGUCCGCGGCUCCCCUCCCCGUCAAUGGCGCAAUUCGCCCCCCCACACGCGGACCCUGCUCCACCGCCUUCCAGACCCUCUCAAUCACCACUCAGGAGGAUUUUAAUCUCCGAACCACCUACUCCAACACCACCACCGUCGUCCUAUACCUCACCGGAAACGUCACCUUAAACUCCACUUUAUUCUUCACCUCUAACUUCUCCUGCUCCAUCAUCCGCGCGCUUCCGAGCCUCUCCUACAUGCCUUGGCUCUGGUACACGAGAAUCAACGCGCCGGCUGUACGCGUUUUAGGCGCGACCAACGUGCAGUUUAUCGGGAUUGGGAUCGGGUUUCCGUUCCAUUACACUUCGGCGGGGAUGGUUGCGUGCGGCGGGUUACCCGAGUUCCCUAGCAGGUGGACUUGCCCGGUGCUGCAUCUCUAUCGUGCCUGGGCGGUUACCUUUGCUAAUGGUCGCAUACACGGGCGAACAGAUGUGUAUCGGUCAGGGGCGACGGAGUUCAGCUACAUGAAGCUGUGGCACGACUACUACGACCGCGACCUCGUGUUCCACAGCUGGAGCGUCAUCCGCUUCGCCAUGUGCGGGGACCCCGUCAACCUCAUCCGCUCCCUCAACCGCGUCACCAACUGCGAGAUCCGAGGCUCCUGGACGCCAGUUCUCAUGUAUGCGGGCACUGUCGGCACCAUCAUUGCCAACAACUUCAUCACAGAUUUCCAGUUCGGGGGCGUGCAGUGCGGGCAGGGCGACGGGAACGUGGCGGACUGCAUGUUGAACACGAUUCAGGACAACAUCAUCACGGCGGAGAGUGCCAUCUACCCGAUACCUAAUGGAGACGGGUCCGGGAUCUACUACGAUCUCCACUGGUACAACCCUGGCAACCUGGACACGUGCAACUACAUCAUCGCGGGCACGCACUGCUACUACCUCGACUUCGUCACAUCAGGGCUCACCAUUGACGGCGCUGUGUGCAUCCGCAACCACGACGGCGUCAAGAUCAACACAGGCCACGCCAACAAGAUCCAGAGUGUGAUUGUGGUGAAGCCGCUGUGGCAGUCGGGAAUCAUGAGCUGCCAGAACUGGUGUGACAACAACUGCCACUCCUGGGCGGGUCGAGGGCUCGGCCACAAGUGGUACACCACCUUCAUCUCGCGCUUCGAAACGCCUGGCUGGCGCAAGAACUGGCCGUUCCUUUCGGAUAUGUGCACUCGCACGGAGUGGGCUCCGGGCAUACCAUGCAACCCCACGCCUCCCGUGGAAGCCGCGAGGAACUGGACCGGUUACUGCUCGCAGCACCUGGCCUACAACAACGGGAAGCAGCUCUCCGCGAACGCGAACGUCACGGCGAAUUGCAGCGGCGUUCCCGGGCUCAACCACGUGGAGAUGAUCGUGAUCAACGGGACUGGCGGCCGCAGGAUUGUAUCGGAGAAGCUUCUGAAGAGGAUAAGCACGAACCGUCCGCGGCAGAACCCAGGGCAGAAAGACAAGAAACCCGGGAACGGCGGGAUGGGAUUCCAGAUGCCGAAAAUCCCGAUUGGAGGAGGAGGAGGUGGUGGGAGCAAGGGAGGGUGGUCAGUUAGCAACUGGUGGAAGAGGCGGAAAACACUCGAACGCGGAGCUGGCUAUGCUGACGCUGAUGACGUCGAAGGGGAGGAGGAAUCCGUUGAGCAGGAGGAGUUAUACGAGGAGUUCGAUGCGCCGAACAACGGGGAAGAGACGCGCCACGAGCAUUUCAAUGUGCUUGAGUAUGAUCCCUAUGCUGGAGGGAACGACAGGCUCGGGGGAGAUGCUUUUGACCACCUGUGGAUAUGA